AUGACGACAGGUCUCUCAUUGGCCAUUUAUGGGUUCAAACCAGUGCCGAGAAAUUUCGAGGCGGCCGGUAUUUUUUGGGAGACCCGGGUGGUGAGGGAUCGACUAACAUUGGGAUUAUGCACUCUACCAGUUUGCAGGGUGAUUCCCGAUUGUUUUGGAAAACGCUCGAAUUCGGACUCAACUCUACAAAAGGAUGAUGUUGGGACAAGUGAGGCUCGUUUGGACGCGUUUGAUACUGAUGAUGAACGGUAUGAAAAAUACCUUUACAACCUCGAUCCAAAUGAUACAAAGAAUCAGGAUCAUUACAAGGUUCUUGGCAUCAAAAAGCUUCGCUACAAGGCAACCAUGGAAGAGAUUCGAUUAGCUUAUCGCCAAAAAGUUCUGAAACAUCACCCGGACAAGAAGAAACACAAAGGAAUCGUUCUUACAUCUGGUGAAGACUACUUUACCUGCAUCACGAAAGCUUAUGAGCAAAUUGGGGUUUCUGAAACCAAACGCAGAGCAUUUGACUCGAUUGACCCUAAAUACAACGAUGAUGUCCCCACCGAGAAGUCCAUCAAUGCUGAUAAUUUCUUCACAGCGUUAGCACCAAUUUUUGAGCUUAACUCCAGGUUUUCCACUAUUCAACCGGUUCCUCUGCUUGGUGAUUUGGAGAGCUCUCGAGCUGAUGUUGAUGAUUUUUAUGCCUUUUGGUUCAGUUGGACCUCGUGGAGAGAGUACAGUUAUUUGGAUGAGCAGGACAAAGAAAAAGGAGAAGAUCGCUGGGAAAGGAGGGAGAUGGAAAAGGCAAAUAAGGUUGAACGAGAGCGACGUCGGAAAGAGGAAAUGAAGCGGAUAAGCAACUUGGUUCAUAUGGCUCACAACAAGGAUUUGCGAAUUCAAAAGUUCAAGAAAGAGGAUUUAGAGGCAAAGGAAAAAGCCAAGGAAGAAAAGGCGAAGUUGCGUCGAGAGCGACAAGAAGCCGAAGAACAGGAGAAGAAGCGAAUCAAGGAUGAAGCUGAUCGGAUAAAACAGGCUGAGGAACAAAAGGAAAAGGAAGCUCGAGAAGAACAAAAGCGUCAACGUGAAGCAUUGAAAAGCGCAAAACGGGAGCAAACGAAGAGGCUAGAAGCUUUAUGCGAGAAAUUCAAUUACUGGGUUGAUGAUGACAAAGAGAAGCUUCUGGAAAUGGAACGCAUUGGAAGGUUGAACUUCUUGCUUGAAACGGACGAGUUAUCGAAGUUGUGUGACGAGCUAGAGAAUUUGAAGUUAACCAAUGAGGCAGCUCGAGAGUUGCUUACUGAACAUGAGAAUGUGAAAAACAAAGCAAAAAUGGAGAUGGCCAACAAAGCGAGCAAUAAAGAGAAUAAUGUAAAGGAGAAUGAUGUUGUGCUUUGGAGCAAUGAGGAGAUUCUGCUAGUUACAAAGGCAGCUAACUUGUAUCCAGCCGGUACGAUAGAUCGAUGGAUUGUAAUUGCCGAUUAUGUAAAUGAACAUCGAAAGGACAAAAGCAAUCCGAAGAAAACUGAGAAACAAGUCAUUGUGCAGACAAAAUUGAUUCAAACGGGAGCUGCAAAGCCCACAGCGUCGGCUCAGAACAAACUCGGAACCCAACUUCCCGAUGAGGAUAAAUGGAGUGCUAGCGAGCAAAAGGCCUUGGAGGAAGCUUUGAGAAAACAUCCGGCUUCCGAUCCAGAACGAUGGGAUAAGAUUGCUGCUGAUGUGCCCGGGCGAACCAAGAAAGCUUGCAUCAAACGAUUCAAAUAUCUCGCCGAGUUGGUCAAGAAUCAAAAGAAA